AUGAGGGACCGUGGGAUUUAUCCCGGGCCACCAAUACGAGGCAGAAGAACAAAUUUCGUGAAACCAUGGAUGAUUGCCCUUCUUGUUGCAGCUGUUGUGUUGGUUCUAGCAAUAAUCAUCGGUCUCCUUGUUUAUUUUUUGGCAUUUGAUCAGAAAAAGGUGCACUAUUUCCAAACUUCCUUCCAGAUCCCCAGUAUUGAAUAUAAUCCGGAUUUUUCAGUAGAGCACUCAAAAAUUAGGACUGACCUGAAACAAAAAAUCAAUGAUGAGAUUGAUAAGAUAUUUCAAAAUUCCAGUUUAAAUCAUCAUUACAUCGAGUCUCAUGUUGUCAACUUUAGGUCAAGUGAUGAUGGAUUGAAAACAGAUGUAUUGCUUAAAUUUCACUUUCUUCCUAACAAUGCAGAAACAGUAAAAAGUCAAGCUGCUAACAUUUUGCAUCAGAAGUUAAAAUUAAAUGAAAGCUUCUUGAAGAUAGAUACUUCAUUGCCUUAUCUUAAAGAUAUAAAUAAAAUACAAGCAGAGCACAUUCUGAACAGCGGUUGUGGUUUAGGGAGAGAGUCUCCAUCCAUGGAAAAAAUUGCUAAUGGUUAUAUUGCAAAGAAAGCUGAUUGGCCAUGGCAAGCCAGCCUGCAAAUGGAUGGCACCCACUAUUGUGGGGCCUCUUUGAUCAGUGAGGAGUGGCUCCUGACUGCAGCACAUUGCUUUGACACUUACAAAAACCCCAAACUCUGGACGGCUAGUUUUGGAACCACUCUAAGCCCUCCGCUAAUGAGAAGAAGGGUGCAGGCAAUUGUCCUUCAUGAGAACUAUGCCGCCCAUAAGCACGAAGACGACAUCGCGGUGGUGAAGCUCUCCGCUCCCGUCCUGUUUUCCGAAGAUGUCCACAGAGUCUGUCUCCCGGAUGCUGCAUUUGAAGUCUUGCCUAAGAGUAAAGUGUUUGUCACCGGAUGGGGAGCACUGAAAGUAAACGGUCCUUUUCCCAAUACUCUUCGACAAGUUGAAGUAGAGAUCAUAAGUAAUGACAGAUGUAAUGAAGUUCAUGUAUACGGUGGUGCUGUGUCAUCAGGAAUGAUAUGUGCUGGAUUCUUGGAAGGAAAACUCGAUGCCUGUGAGGGUGAUUCUGGGGGACCUCUGGUUGUAGCACGUGAUAGAAACAUCUGGUAUAUUAUCGGAAUAGUAAGCUGGGGAAUAGACUGUGGUAAAAAAAACAAUCCUGGAAUUUAUACAAAAGUGACUCAUUAUCGGGACUGGAUUAAAUCUAAAACUACUAUCUAA